AUGGAGCAAAAGGACUCCGUAAUCCUCAAUCGCACGUCCAUCCCCAAGGACAGGGUGCACAGGGUAGCCAUCAUAUGCGGUGACCAGAAGCGAUUUGACAUGUUUAAAACCCAGGUCACGAACUACAGGGAAUUUGGGUACUACUCGUGCUGGAAAGCUGCGGAAUUCGAGUACAACGGGGAAUACUUCCUGCUAGCGUGCCACGGAGUGGGUAGCCAACCCACGGCAGUCCUGGUUAGGGAGCUCAUCGAACUCGGUGUCAAGUGCAUAAUUCGCAGUGGCACUAGCGGAACGUUCAUGCCGAAGAAGCAUGUCAUAGGUGACAUCUGUAUCUGCUACGGCUGCAUCAGGGGGGACUCCACCACCAGAAACGACAUCGACCUCGCGUUCCCAGCCGCUGCGCACCCCGAUGUCGUGGAAGCACUCAGAAACGCCAGUGAGGAGCUCAACGUGCCCACACACAUGGGCCUAUGCUACACAACCGACCUCUUCUAUCGCACUGGCAUCCUCGGCGAGGACCCCAAGAUGCCAUUUGUGAAGUGCGGUGUGGCCAUCGAGGACACCGACAAUUCAGCCAUGUUCACCCUCUGCAACAUAUACGGCAUCAGGUGCGGCGCCAUAUGCACGAUCGACGGGUGUCCGUUUGAGUGGGAAAUUGGUAACUACGGACCUCACACGCCGCAGAUGGCCCGAGGCAAGGAAUUCAUGAUCAGGGUAACCGUUCGCGCAGCUGCGGAGGUGACGCGCAUCAUUAAGGAGGAAGAGGCACAGGCCAUAGCGGUCGCUUGA